AUGCGUGGUAUCAAAGGUUUAGUCUGGGAAGGUUCCGUCUUAGACCCAAUCGAAGGGAUCAGAUUCAGAGGUAGAACUAUCCCAGAUAUCCAAGAACAAUUACCAAAGGCCCCAGGUGGAUCUGAACCAUUGCCAGAAGCUUUAUUCUGGUUAUUGUUAACUGGUGAAGUCCCAUCUGUUGCUCAAACCAAGGCUUUCUCCCAAGAAUUAGCCGCCAGAUCCGCUUUACCAAAGCACGUCGAAGAAUUAAUCGACAGAUCUCCAUCCCACUUACACCCAAUGGCCCAAUUCUCCAUUGCCGUCACUGCUUUAGAAUCUGAAUCCCAAUUCGCUAAGGCUUACGCUAAGGGUGUCAACAAGAGCGAAUACUGGGACUACACUUACGAAGACUCUAUUGACUUAUUAGCCAAGUUACCAAACAUUGCUGCUAGAAUUUACAGAAACGUUUUCCACGAUGGUAGAUUAGGUGCCAUUGACUCUAGCUUAGAUUACUCCGCUAACUUAGCUAACUUAUUGGGUUUCGGUGAAAACAAGGAAUUCCUCGAAUUAAUGAGAUUAUACUUAACCAUCCACUCUGAUCACGAAGGUGGUAACGUUUCUGCUCACACCACCCACUUAGUCGGUUCCGCUUUAUCUUCUCCAUUCUUAUCCUUAGCUGCUGGUUUGAACGGUUUAGCUGGUCCAUUACACGGUAGAGCCAACCAAGAAGUCUUAGAAUGGUUAUUCAAGAUGAGAGGUGAAUUAAACGGUGACUACUCUAAGGAAAACAUCGAAAAAUACUUGUGGGAAACUCUUAACGCUGGCCGUGUUGUUCCAGGUUACGGUCAUGCUGUCUUAAGAAAGACCGAUCCUCGUUACACUGCUCAAAGAGAAUUCGCUUUGAAGCACAUGCCAGACUACGAAUUAUUCCAAUUGGUCUCCAACGUUUACGAAGUCGCCCCAGGUGUCUUAACCAAGCACGGUAAGACCAAGAACCCAUGGCCAAAUGUGGAUUCUCACUCCGGUGUCUUGUUACAAUACUACGGUUUGACUGAAGAAUCCUUCUACACUGUCUUAUUCGGUGUUUCCAGAGCUUUCGGUGUCUUACCACAAUUGAUCUUAGACCGUGGUCUUGGUUUACCAAUUGAAAGACCAAAGUCUUUCUCCACCGAAAAGUACAUGGAAUUAGUCAAGAACAUUAAGGCUUAA